UAGCUAACGUAACGCUGGUUAGCUAAGUUGAUAUAAAACCGUCAACACAACAGUGGCUUGCCUUCGUGUUUGGAUCGCGUUACCUAGCAGGGAAUAGGAAUAAAAGGCGUUGUAGGAAACAUGAGCUUUAUUCAGGUCGUUGUUGUGGUGAUAAGAUGAAAUAGUUGGUGCUUGUGUCUCAGACAAAGUGAUUAAUAUCUCUGUAGUUGCUUUAUUGUUGCUACCGGUAACGGCGCUGAUGGUGAUCGUGUAACUGCAGUUGUUUGAGCCAUGGCAUCUUUAUCAGAGGAGGUGCUGCUGGUGGUGAAGAAGGUCCGCCAGAGGAAGCAGGAUGGCACACUUUAUCUGAUGGCUGAACGUAUAGCAUGGGGUCCGGAGGGCAAAGACCGCUUCACAGUCAGCCACCUGUAUGCAGAUAUUCGCUGUCAGAAGAUCAGCCCAGAUGGUAAAGCCAAAAUUCAGCUGCAGCUGGUUCUUCACACCGGCGAGAGUACCACAUUCCACUUUUCCAAUGAGAGCAGUGCGCUUAAAGACAGAGAUGCUGCCAAAGAACUGCUACAGCAGCUACUGCCCAAGUUCAAGAAGAAAGCCAACAAGGAACUGGAGGAGAAAAACAGGAUGCUUCAAGAAGAUCCAGUACUGUUCCAGUUAUAUAAAGAUCUCGUGGUGAGCCAAGUGAUCAGCGCUGAUGAAUUCUGGGCCAACCGUUUAGGAGACAUAAACAACACAGACCCCGCGCCGUACAACAACAAACAGGAAGUCGGUAUAUCCGGAGCCUUCCUGGCAGACAUUAGACCUCAGACAGAUGGCUGCAAUGGCUUGAGAUACAAUCUGACAGCGGAUAUUAUUGAAUCCAUCUUCAGGACAUACCCUGCAGUGAAGCAGAAGUAUAGUGAAAAUGUGCCUCAUAACCUGACGGAGAAGGAGUUCUGGACCCGCUUUUUCCAGUCCCAUUAUUUUCACAGAGACCGCAUCAACACAGGAACGCAGGAUAUCUUCUCAGAGUGUGCCAAGCAGGAUGAAAAGGGGUUAAAGUCUAUGGUGGUUCAAGGAGUGAAGAAUCCUUUGGUUGACCUCCUGUCGUUGGAGGAUAAAACAUUAGAUGAGGGUUACGGAGUUUCCUCAGGACCGCCCUCAACUUCCAAUUUAAACAGGUCGGUGAAGGAGAGCAGCAACGCUGCCAUUAUAAAGCGGUUCAACCAUCACAGUGCCAUGGUGCUGGCAGCUGGCUCACGCAAGGGGGAAACACCGACAGACCAAGCCAGUGAGACGAGCAGUACAGAUGGAAACUCAAGAGAUUCUGACUUCUUCCAGCCUCCUGUUAAGAAGGUUAGGUUACAAGAAGCCAUCGAAUAUGAAGACCUGCAACGGAAAAACAGACCAAAAACAGUCGCGUUAAACCUCAAGAAGUCUGACAGGUAUGCUCACGGUCCUGUUCCACUUCUGUCCCAACACUAUACCACAAGCCAGGAUAUCAUCAACUCUGUCAACCACAUCCGGCAUGAGAUGGUCAAUUACAAACCCAACCUCACUCAGGUGUUGUCCAGCACAGCAGCUACUUCUGCCAUUGCAGCACUUUCUCCAGGUGGCGUCCUCAUGGUGGCAGGAGCACAGCAAGCCAUAAAUCAGAUGGUACCUACUGAGGUUCAAGGAGAGUUAAAGCACCUUUAUGCAGCUGCUGGAGAAUUGUUGAGACACUUCUGGUCCUGUUUUCCUGUAAACACACCAUUUCUGGAGGAGAAGGUGAUGAAGAUGAAGUCAAACCUCGAAAGAUUUCAGAUGACGAAGCUUAGUCCUUUUCAGGAGAAGAUUCAGCGCCAAUACUUAAGUACAAAUCUCACAGGCCAUUUGGAGGAGAUGUUGCAGACAGCCUAUAGCAAGUUCCACAUCUGGCAAACCCGUCGCAUGAUGAGGAAAACCUGAGAGCCUGAGGGUUUGUCAAAGAGAGGACAAGGAAGACAAAGUAUUAGGACAAAUUGCCUGUGGAGGUUCUCCAGACUGCUGUGAAGAGACCACAGAUCACAGCCUGAUUGGGACAUGGUUCACAGAGGCUUAAUGAAGACACAGGUGGACGCUGUUAAAACUGUUCAACAGAGACUAACUGCAUCUCAGUCACAAAUAACUGUAAUUAGUUAAUUUCUCCUUUUUGUUUGUGUUUUCUAAAUGGUUGAGAUAUUGGUUCCGCUAAUGGUUAAAUGGGACUUUUAAAAUGGUGUAACAUGACCAAAAUUCAGAUGGAAAAGUCAGAAGGGCACUCAGGACAAACAGGCUGAGGCGUGAGAUGCAAGCAGAGGACUUGCCAACAUGUGUUUUCUUCAGCACACAGAGCAGACAAAGAGAGGAAGCCCCUCUGAGCACUGAGUCAUGUUUGAAGCAAAAAAAAAAAAGGCGACGUGAAUAUAGCAAUACUGUAAAGACAUUUCACACUCGAGUGCAUUAGUGUGUGUGUGACUCAGAUCACACUGUCACUGGUUUGUAAUGUCUGCACCCUCUGUCUGCACUUACGACGAAAAAUGUUACUCUGAAUUAAAGUGAGGCGUAAAGCUUUUGUUCAUGCUGCUGUCUAUUGAAACUGCAGUAUUUCAUUAAUACAACUCGUUUAUGUUUU